AUGGAGUUGCCUAUAGAGGAGAUACACAACUUCUGGAAGAAAAUUGUGGGAGAACCACAGAAGGUGAAUAUUGGUGAAGAAUUGAAAGAGUGGUCAAGAUCAAUGAAAGCACAGAGAGACCAGGAGAGCACAGUAGUGCGAAUGGAAGCAAAAGAAUGGAAAGAGCUGUUGGCGAAGAUUAAGCCAUGGAAAGCGGCUGGCCCAGACGGAAUACAGGCCUAUUGGUGGAAGACGAUGAAGGUGGCGAAACGUAGAUUAGAAGACUGGUGCACGAGAGCUCUUAGAAAAGAGAAGCAACUCAUACCACAAUGGUUUUGUCGAGGUAGAGUUGUGCUUAUACCCAAAAAGGGUAAGGAAAGUAAAGAGCCGGGCGAUUAUAGGCCCAUAACGUGCUUAAACACGUGCUAUAAAAUUCUAACAGGAAUGAUGGCCACCUUAAUGAUGAAGCAAGUAGAAGGGCAGCUAGCGCCAGAACAGCUCGCUUUGAAGAAAGGAUUAAGUGGAUGUAUGCACGCGCACAUCCUAGACCAAGCAACAAUAAGAGAUGCACAGAGACGAAAUAGAGAGCUCCACAUGUUGUGGAUAGACAUGACAAAAGCGUACGAUUCAGUCGCACACAAGAGUUUGAGAUGGAUCCUAAAGAGAUGGGGAAUCAACCCAUUGAUACUAAGGCUGUUGAAUAAAGUGAUGAAGAAUCAGAAAGUGAGAUACUUUGGAAAGUAUCAAGGAAACCUGGUUAAAAGCGAAAUGCUAGCAAUCAAGAAUGGAUUGCUGCAGGGAGAUGCAUUAAGUCCCCUGUUAUUCGUCCUAGCCAUCACGCCUAUAUCGUAUUGGUUGCGCGAAAAAGUCAGAGCAUAUGAGAUAGUGAUCAAAGGAAGUCAAGAUAGCCCUUUGAAAGUCGGACAUAUAUUCUAUAUGGACGACCUGAAGGUAUAUACGUGUAAUUGGAAUGAACUUGUCAGGGCAAAGAAUGGAAUAGAGAAGGUGGCCGAACAGAUCGGCUUGAAGCUCAAUGCAAGAAAGUGCGCAAUAAAGUCGAUGAAUUACAGACAAGGCGAACUGAGAGGCGGAGUCAGAGAAGUCGGACAGAUACCAAUAUUAGGAUCAACCGACUGUUACAGAUAUUUAGGAAUAGAGCAAAACGCUCUGAUGAACAUAGGACAAUUAUGGACGAGGACGGAAGAUGCAUGUUUAGAAGCAGCACAAGAAAUCCUAAGAAGUGAUGCUACAGCAGGACAGAAAAUCAACAGCUAUAAUACGGAAGUAAUGCCGAAAGUUAGAUACGCGGCAACGUGUAUAAUUUUCGGCGAAGGAAGAUUCAAUAGCUUGAGGAGAAGAGCAAAUGAAUUAGAUGCUAAAGUUAGAGCUCUGAUGACUGAAUAUAAGAUACGAUUCAGAGGAAAUUGUAGAGCCAGGCUCUACAUAGAUGUGCAAGAUGGAGGUCUAGGAGUGAAAGCUGCGGAGGAA